AUGAUUAACAGACGGGCAUCGCAAGCUGUAUUCGCGGUGUUGUCAACGGAUCUUGAGGCUGCGCUAGAGCGUAUCACGGCGAUUAACGAGCGGUACGUCGUCGCGAGAGACCUGGAUGAUCAAGAAAGAGCGGCAGCAGAGGACUACAUCCAAAGCGUUGCUGCGGUAAAUAGGCAAGCACGGCUUGCUAUUGGAGGGUAUUUACAACCCGGCGCUAACCCGCGCUUUGAAAGAUGGGUCGUUGAAGACUCGAAUGUUGAUCAAGCUCUGCAGCAGGAUCCCCCGACUGAAUCCAAUGGAACAGAAGAAGAUCAGGAUAGCGGUCCAGAGCAUAAUGAAAUAAACCAACGACCUGUUCGCAGGACUCCGCCGGACGAUCCUCCCAUCAACCCAUUAAAUUUGGGCUCGGCGGGUGGCAUCAAUAACCAAGUCGAGCCUAACGAAGCCAAUCAAGCGAAACGGCGAAGAAUUGAACUUGAAUUCGAACUCGAAAGGAAAAAGGUCGAACGUUCCCGCAAGAUGGAUGAUCUUUUACGUCAAUGCGAGAGAGAAGAAGAAGAUAUUAAAAUGGCAAUCGAGCGCGAAAAGCUCUUGGCUGGUGCGCUCGAUGGAUCGAUUCAAGGAAACCCACUCCUUUCCUCCACACCGAAGCGCAAUAUGGAUACCAUCGGAAACUUACGACCCGUAGAAACAACCGAAAGAUCGGCAACAUUCGCUCCGCCAAGUCGUUGGCCAAAGAUUAUCGUCGAAAAAUUCAACGGGGAUCCGCGAAAAUGGCAAAGAUUCGCGCACGGUAUUCACGCCACCGUUCGCGACGCAAACAUCCCUGACUCCUACAAGCUUUUGGGCCUUCAAGACAACAUUACGGAAGAUAUUCGGAAAAGGAUGGGCCACAUCUUCAACGGAUCAUAUGCAUUUGAGUCGGCUUGGAAAGAAUUGGAAGUUAAAUAUGGAAAUCCAGGUCUUAUAAUGCAGGCGCAUAACCAGCACCUUCUCCAAGUCCAGCCUUUCAAAACCGGAGACUUUAAUUCGCUCUUCACUUUAGCGGCAGAUGUCCGUGAUGCCGUAUCAAGCGUUUCCGUUGAGCACUCCAAGGAAUUUACGUUUUCAACCGUCAUCUCCUCGCUCGCCUCAAAGCUUCCAAUUCAGCUUCAAAUCGACUGGGGAAAAUAUGCAUAUUCCCUUCGUCCGAAUCUACCAUCGCUACGAGAUUUCGACAAGUGGAUUGAUAUCGCUGUCGGAGCAGAAGAGUAUCGUGGAAUUCGACUUUCCGUGGCCGGAGAUGUCGUUAAUAAACCCGCCCAUAAUACUCACCCUCGGCAGCAAGGCGGCUAUGGUCAACCUGGUAGCAGUAAUUAUCGUGGACCUACUGUGUUGACGAACGGAAUUCAAGAAAAAGUAGCAGCUCCGCAGUGCCCUGCCUGCAGUGCCAAUCCUGGUCAUCGCCUCGAGUAUUGCAACGUUUUCAAGAAAAUGUUGGUCAACAAACGAGCAGCUCUCUGCGCCGACAACAAUUUUUGUUUCAAAUGCUUGACACAAGGCCACUACGGAAGAAAUUGCUCCCGCACUGACGUGAAGUGUAAGGACUGCGGAAAGGCCCACAACACUCUCUUACACGGAGCCGAUCGCCAAUUUCCGUCUGCAAAAACUCAAGGUAACGAAUCUCUAACUGUUUUAACGAUUCGUGCACGUAACCCAUACCACAUACGUCCCGUAUUGCUAGCCAUCCUACCCGUCACUGUAAAAGGUAAUGAGUCCGUCGCCAAAACAUUUGUGGUAUUAGAUCCGGGGAGCGAGGCCACGCUCAUUACGAACGCUCUCGCAAAAACUUUAAAUUUGACUGGGCCCACCUUUCGUAUUCGCUUCGGUAACUUCAAUGAUUCAAUCACCAUCGACUCUAAGGUCGUUUCGUUCCGCAUUGCAUCUAUGAACUACGAAACUCCCAUCAGUGAAGCUUUUCUCGUUCCAAAAAUCAGUUUAUCACCUAGAAAAAUCGAUUGGCCAAAACUGAAGAAAUACUGGGCUCAUCUCGCAGACUUGAAUUUGCCAGCAAUAGACUCUUCUCAAGUUGGUGUAUUGAUUGGAGCGGACCAACUUUCGGCCCAUAUUCAAAAAGAGAUUAGGGAAUCAAUUGAAGAUGACGGCCCUACAGCGAUUCUGACUCAAUUUGGAUGGUCGGUGGUGGGAAAAAUUCCCAAUUUUCUUGUGGCCGGGCCAAGCAAGAAAGUAAAUGUCAACAUUCACUCAGUUUCCCAUGAUGAGGCGCUAUGUAAUCUCGUAGAACAAUUUCACUCUACCGAGUCUUUCGGUACGGAUGUUUAUGCUCCCACGAUCACCUCGGCCGAAGAUGCUCAAGUAAUUGCCGUGCUCGAAUCAUCAGUAAUUUUCAUCGGGUGCGGAUGGCAGGUGGAUCUCCCUCUACGCUCAAAAGGCUUUGUCUUCCCUAAUAAUAGAAAACAGGCUGUGUCUAGGUAUUAUGGGAUGGAACGACGUCUCUCGCUGCCGGAAAACCAACAUUAUGCGGACAAAUACAAUCUAAUCGUAAAAAAGCUUAUUGAUUCCGGCACCGCUGUAAAGGUAGACUCGUCUGCAAUCAACAAGCCGGAAGGAAUGAUAUGGUAUUUGCCGCAUCACUUCGUUGAAAAUCCGAACAAACCAGGGAAAAUCAGAGUGGUUAUGGAUUGUGCUGCAAGUUUUUGUCAAGUCUCGCUCAACAACCAACUUCUCCGUGGGCCGCCGUUGCUCCCAAAGCUAAUAGGAGUGCUGCUACGGUCGAGGGAAUGUCUUUUUGCGCUUUCUGCGGAUAUAGCGGCCUUUUAUCAUCGCGUCGGAAUUCCAGAAAAACAUCAGUCUCUCCAACGAUUUGUCUUCCGCGAAUUCGGAAGCAAUAAACCGCUGAAGACAUACCAAAUGACGACCUUGGUAUUUGGGGCAGUCCAUGCAUCAACCGCGGCCAUUUGGGUCUUGCAGCAUGCGGUAAAUCAAAACAGAAAAUAUCCCGAAGUUGCAUCGCGAAUAAAGCAAAAUUUUUACGCUGAUAAUUUGAGUGACUCGUUCGACACCGAAAGGGAAGCCAUAAAAUUCGCAAAGGACGUCACAGAAUCGCUGGCGAUCGGUGGUUUUAAAUUAACGGGCUUUGCGUCCUCAUCUAAACGGGUCCUAGAAACAAUUCCAGCGGAAGACCGGGCCGGAUCGAUCCUUGACUUAAAUUAUGGCGCCUUACCGACAGAAUACAUUUUGGGGCUCGCAUGGGACUGCAACAGCGACUGUUACAAAUUGAGAGUUAAAGAGCUGCCUCCAAUCACGACGAAACGGGAGUUGUUUUCGGCGAUGUCAAGAGAAUUUGACCCAUUAGGAAUUUGCCUUCCGGUCAUUACGUAUGCAAAACUACUCUUUCAAGAAACGUGCAAGCUACGGUCAAGAAUUUCCCCCUAUAAGAUUGAUAGGAAUAACAUCCGCGUGCAUUAA